GCGAGAUGUGUGACAAGAAAACGAAAACAAUUGAAAACAUGGCUUGGCGGGUUUUGUGAUUGUCGUUUCUAUGCAAAGUUUUGCUGGACUGAUAUAAAAGUCCUAGGUAAUAGAUUUUGAGAGCUAAUUCUACAAUCAAGAUACAUUGAGAGAGUAAGUCUUGUGAUGCCAUACUGGUUCUGGAGUGUCACAAACUGUGUGAAAAAGUUUUGUACCAACGCCUAGAAUGGCAAAGAAGGGUUCAGAUACGAGUCCUGUUAUCGAUGACACUCUCAUUAGCUAUGACAGGCACACUUCAAUUGUUUCUGAACAAACCUUGGCCUUUACCCCUGCUCCAAUUGCAGCUUCAACGGCACACAAAGAUAGAAGACGAAAGCAAGAUGUGAUGGUUGAUUAUGGUGGGUCUUUCAUCAACAAUACCAAACUGGACUCACCUGAGGAAGGGAGGGGGAGUUCCAGUGAUGAUAGAUCAUCUCUUGGGCUUCUCCCUAGCAAGUACCUCGAAGAUGUAGAAACAGAUCUUCUUCGGAAGGAAAGUGUCUGUAUGUCAGCCAGCCUGUUGCCCAUGGACCCGGUCCCCGAGACUCUCAGUGUGGACGACAGUGAAGGAGGGAGGCACCUGAUAGACUCAGGGUCCUCACGGGAGCAGACGUCAGACUCACGGGAGUUGUUCUCCACUGUGAAAAAAUGCCCACAAUUUGCUGGAGCUGCAGGGACCAACCAGCGCCGGCCCCAGGCUCUCUUCCAGAGCGUGGCAGAGGAGAAUGAGUUCAGUCUCACAGAGGAGGAGAACAAAGGGGCUGAUCACAGCAAGCCGGGCCCUCAUGACUCUCACGACAAGCAGGGACAGCAAGACAAGCAGGACUUUACAGAUUCUGGCAUGGGUCAGACCCAGUUCACAGCCACCCACAGGUCGUCAUCGUCUGUGUCCAAGUCCUCCAUGGGCAGCAGCCUCCAAGGGCAGAGUACCAUGAUGGCAACUGUCUCCAGCAACACACUGACCGCUUCUGCCAGCCAUUCUGACCACAUGACCACUGGAUCACUGACCUUGACUGAUGGAGGAGAAAUCAGGAGGGACCAGGGAGAAGUCAGGAGGGAUCACACUUUGACUGCCCCAAUGGCCAACUCGGUCCAAAGUCUGGAGGAAAGGUCCACUGUGCCCUUUGACCCAGAAGAAGAAGCAGACCACACAUUGCACCAGGUUGCUCUGGAGGCUGAGGAUUUGGAAGAACUGGAGGCGUUCUCAGACUUUGAGGAGGACGCAAUGUUUGAUGAAGAUGUGGCUGUAGUGCCUCCAAGUUUUCCUGAAAAUGGCAUCAGGGAUGUGGAGGAAAGUUCUGGAUUGGGUUUAUUUUCACCCUCCGUCUCCACAAGCACCAAGGUGGUUGAUGAAAAUUUCCCAUCACUUAUGGAUGGGCCGUUCAAAAUUCCUCUCCCUCCUUCUAGACCAGCUGGAUUGGCAAAAGAUGUUAAAGAAUCCAGUGAUUCACUGAAAUCUUCAUUCAGAUCAAACAAAGGUAGCGAGAGGGCAGAUCCAUCUUUGCUAUUUGGGGAUUCCCUCCGCUUUGAACAAAGUAAAAUUAAUUCAGACUGGGGUCAGUCCAUCAACUUUCUUGACAGUCUGAAGUCAGCAGAUCGUUCUGUGGGCAGUGUACAAGGCUGUCAGGGUGGCGAUAAUAGUCUUGAGGAAAUUCUGUUCAAGGGAGAUGAUCAAGGAAAAGCUGAUGGUCAUCGGAGUGAGCCUCUCAACCCAUUUAACGAUUUGGAAAUUCCGGAAAACUCGAAUAAACGGGACCAUUGUGCUACCGACAAUCCUUUCGGCAGUUUUUCUGAUGAUAUGAAUGAUCAGGGAUUUGGAGAUGAGGAUUUCAUGGAUGCAGGUGCUGCUCAGGCUAUGUUAGCGGAGGAUGAGCAUCAGUUUAGGAAGGAGGACCUGGAGGGAGAUGAGUUAUCCAACUUGACUAUGGCCUCUGCGCGGGGUAUGGAUGAGACGUUUAUGAACAUGACCAUCUCUACGUACAUGGCAGCAAGGUCCGAGGAGCACGGCUCUCUCUCGGACCCUCAGAGAAGGGCUAAUCUGGGCAUGCCCGUGAAGAGCCCUCCAGUGGAGAGACGAGGAGUUCCUUUAUUUGUGCUGGAUGAAACCCGCGAGGAACCUGCUGCUCCAGCCCUCACACGUCAAGAGUCUCCUGUCAGUCCCCGCACUUCUCCGUCUUCUAAAGGUAGAGACCACCACGCCCAGGAUGAGAUAUUGCCGUUAGAUUUCCCAAAAGAGGCUGACACUUCCAAGAGUGUAGAUAACUCCCCGGAUUCAUCAAUCAGUUCUGAGGAGAUGACAUUCAGCAGUGUACACAAGCAACUAGAGAACCCAGACUUUAGCCUGUCUGACCCAAUACAGGUCAUCACGUCUGUCUACAACAAGUGCUUCAAUGAGAAGAAACUGAAGAAGAAAGCCAGCAUGAAGAGCCGUGUUCCCUCACAGCCUGGUGAGCCGUCUCUGCCAUCACAGCAGUCGCAGCCUCGCCACACGCCGGAACCCCCCAGUCUGCCAUCCCAGUCAGCUCACCUCUCAGAGUCUGCUCACAAGAUGCAGCCAGUUCAGCCUUUGCAACAUACUCAGCUGUCACAGGCUGGUCACAUGUCACAGGCCAGUCAGUUGUCACAGGCUGGUCACAUGUCACAGGCUGGUCACACGUCAGACGUCAGUCAGUUGUUACAAGCUCGUCAUACAUCAGAGACGAGUCAGUUGUUAAAGACCCGUAAUGCAUCAGAGGCCAAUCAGUUGUCACAGGCUGGUCAUACAUCAGAGGCUGAUCAGUUCUCGCUGGCUGGUCACAUGUCACAGGCCAAUCAUUUGUCACAAGCUCGUCACAUGUUAGAGGCCAGUCAGUUGUCAAAGACCCGUAACACACCAGAGGCCGGUCAGUUGUCACAGGCAGGUCACAUGUCAGAGCCCAGUCAGCAGCCACAGUCUGAAAAACCUCCAGCACUAGCAGCGUCUGACCAGGCAGAUUUCAAUCAGACUGGUUUGUCCUCGGUGCCUUACAUGACCCUUGUGGAACAGUCCAUCACCUCUGACCCUUUGACCAUGUCCCUCCUGGCUCCAGGGUCAGCAUUCGCCGCCAGGACCAAGUCGCAGCGUCCAGUGCCGGGCGAAAUUCCCUAUUCCGCCACAGGUCCACAGUUUUCUCACCCUGCCCUGAGAGAUGCCUCUCUGGUAAGACAACAUACAUCCGGCAUCCCCAACGCAGAGAAGUUUCUGGAAACAUUUGAGGAGCACGUCACGUUGAACGCGGAAAGAGAAAUUGGGAUAGCAGAUGAUGCCAGCUGCACUCUCGAGUCAGUCACAAUCCCAGCUCAGUCGGGGCACUCUCUCAGCGAGUCCCUCAUGCCGCCGCCGAAGACUACGCAGGUGAAGAGGUCGCAGCAGCCGGCCUGGGCAGCCAACAACGACAAGGUCGGGGCGAACCACUCCACCAUGGAAGUGUUGCACCAGCUGCAGAGUGUGUCGCUGGCGGACAGCUCUGCCUUCAAGGACGACAGCGUGUCUCCCGCGUUCUACUCACUGAUGCCGGAUCAGACGCAGUCGUUUCUCCAGCAGUCGCACGUCCGCGACGGGUUUGCGUCCAGCACGCCGCUCGUAGGCGGGCAGUUGGAGAACCGGCCAAAGUUCAACAACACACACAUGUCGGAGAAAAGCAUUCUUCCACUCGUGACACCCAAACAGAUGAGCAAUCUCAUCCAGCUGCCUCAGCAUGUGAAAAUCUCGGAAGUUUGCUGUGUGCCCCUGAGCCAGCACACCAAGUUUGUCAUCACCAAUCUGUUUGAAAGAGGCGUCAAGUGCACUUUGACCGUUCGGGAGGUCAGUGUCAGAGGUCAGCGAAUCAACCUCAGCCAUUGCCCCUUUGAUGUGAGGAAGCAGGUCAUUCUGGAGCCCAACUCCUCGGAGACGAUUCAGGUGCUUUUCCGACCCAAGGACCAUGGAGAGUUUGUGGCCAGCGUGGAGGUUUUGGCUCAGAGCAUGACCAGUGCGGUUGCCAGAACGUAUAUGUUCUUCCUUUCUGGGGAAGCAGAAUUCCCCUGCCUUAAGAUUUCCCCGAAAAAUGAGGAGCUGGACUUUGGUUGUCUGUUGUGGGGUAGUUCUGAAUGUCGCUCUCUGAGGAUCCAGAAUGUUGGGAGAGCCACAGUUCCUCUGCGCUGCUCCAUCUUUCGAACGGAGUCCUCUCUUUGCAACUUUUCGUUCACCGCGGAACAUCCGUCUGACGUGUCCAGCAUAUCUCUGACCACGCGGCCGCCCUCUGCCGGGGGUCCGUACUCCAUGUCUUUGCCUGGCCGGCAGGAGGGGGAAGAAGUGACCACUGUCUCAGUGGACGUCUGCUGUCGUGUCGCCGACGUUCAGAAUGUCAACCACAGGUACCUUGAAGUAGCGGAGAAGUUUCAAGCAGUGCUGUCCUUGGGUGUGGACAUGCCCAUCGAGGAGAUCUCGCCGCUGUCCAACGUGAAGCUGAGGGUGACUGUUGGCAUGUACAAGCUGCACGUGAACAAAGACUGUCUGUCCAUUUCCUGCCCACCUGGCAAGUCUGGUCAGGGCUCGGUGGAGGUGAUCAACUCUGGCAACAUUCCGAUGGCGGUGGAGGCCUUCCUGGAGCCGGCGCGGGAACACUUCCGCCUGAGUCAGCACCAACUGGAGGUUCCCCCUGGUCACUCGGUGCCGCUACGUGUCACCUUCACCCCUCAGCCCACACGCGAGGAUAUUAGUGAUAACAGAGUUAACUUGGUCUUACGCAACCAACUGCGGGAUCAUUCGGUGUCUGUCACAGGCAAGGUCAAGAUGACCCAGACCAAGAUCAGCGGCUCAUCUUGUGCUCUCCAGUUUGGUGGUGUGGAGCCAGGGCAGAGAAGCAAACAAAAGUUCUCAUUUUUUGCCGACAAUGCUGCUGACGUCAAAGUAUGGAUUCGAAGCAAAGGCCAAGCUUCAGCUUAUCAGAUUCUGCAGGACGACGGCCGCGCGGUGGACAGUUUGGACUUGUCUGUGAGGAAGGGGGACACCAACAUCCUCUGGCUCCAGUUCUCGCCGGACCAAGUCCAGGGCUAUCAGGCUGACCUCAUGAUUCAAGUUCUCUAUGCUAACAGAUUUGUGAUUCCCAUCUCGGGUUACGGAGGCAAAAGUGCCGUCGAGUUGUCCAAGAUCAGCCGCAUGGAAGCAUCGGGGGAGAAGUGGCUGGACUUUGGUCACCUGACUGCAGGCACUUCACUGGUGCAGAAAAUGUGCAUCAGCAACACUGGUGACCGAUGCUGUUAUCUCAAGGCUGUGUUCAAUGAUGUUGGUGGUCUGGAACUUCCCCCGCACAGAGCCACGGUGAUGCCUUCUGCCUUGGUCUUGCCUCCAGGAGAGUCUGUGGAGCUGCUUGUGAUGUUGAACCCUGGACAGAAAGAGAUGGCCCUGUGUCAGUCUGGCCGGGCACUCAUCGCACUGGUCAAGUUGACCUACGGAGAUGAGAUAUCACGACAGUUCCUGAUCAGGAACUUUGGGAAACAGAGACAUCACGUGGUCAACAAAUUUGACGUCCCCCUGACAGCAGCUCAGCAGCAAAUGAUGGAGGCUGAGAUGGAGAGUGUGACCACCCCCUAUGACAGUUACGACCUCUUCAAGCGCUCUAUGAAGGUCGUCAAGGUUGGCGUGUUUGGACAAGGAGCAGAGAGAAAAGCUAUGUCCAUGUCAGUUGCACCAACUUCACAGACAGAAUCAACAAUCAGAAGGUCACCUCAAGCUCGCCCAGCACUGACCACUGUCAGUCAAAAUGUCGGAGUGCCUGAGAACAGCAGAGACAUGUGGACACUGGUUCCUACGGAAGUGCAGCUUUCUGUUGGCAGCAAUGGAUCUGUGAAAGAACAUGCUCAGAUCAUCAACUUUUCCUCUGAAAACUUGAGCUUCUCCGUGGACUACGACACAGGGAUCCUGGUGUCACCUGAAAAAGGCUCUGUCUCUUCUAAAAAUACGGAGCUGCUGGAGUUGAAAUUGAAUCCUGCUUUCUUCGCCAACCGAGAGAAAGUUCAGUGGGGAGGGCUCAUUAAAGUGCGGUGUUCUCACACCAUCAAGUAUAUAAAGGUGUACGUCGUCUUUGAGCCUGCCUACGACCCACUAACUGCAGUACAGCCGAAGCUUUCCCACAAUUCGCCACCUACGGUCACUCCCGUGUCCCGCUCGCCGGGGACUUCUUAUCACCCGGCUGGCUCGGUCAAGGCUAGGGUCCCCUCUGUGACCGUUGCGGACCGUGUGACUUCGUCUUUGCCGGUGUCCUCCACUACUACAGCGGGACGGCCUCUGCUUGCCCACUCGGGAGAGCGGCCGGACGACCUGAGAGGAGCCAGAGUACAGGGCUCUGACAUGGCCAUGUUCCCUAACACAGAGCUGGGAGUCGUCAGUUACCUGCAGUAUAUCUUCAUGAACAAGAGCUCAGAACCACUGCACUGGUUCGUCUCUCCUUUUGCCCCGCCUUAUGUCAAGCACGUUGACGACACGCAGCACGUGUACCGUGUCAUGUACCCCGUGUUCAAGUUGUCUCCGACUUCAGGCACCCUGAUGCCAGACGACAGUGCUAAGGUGUCCAUUGAGUUCUGCCCUCAAUCGAAGGGGUCUUUCAACCAGAGCUGGACGUUGAGGGACAAGAACAAUCCCGGGGACAGCCUACAUCGUCUCACCAUCUACGCCAAGGCGUCUCCUCAACAAAGUCACGACAAGUUCAAAGACAGCACUUCAGCUGCUGGUACAUCCCCCGCCACCACAAGCGACAUGACCUCCAAGCUUGUCCCGGUGUCCCCGAGGGCCACAAAGCUCGGCUCGGCCGGCUUCUCCAGCUCAGCCACGAGCCCCAGAGCAAGGUCAAGUAGCGGUUCGACCAGUGCAGGACGUCGUUCAACGAGUGAGAGCCGCCAGAAGGCCCAGGGGGCUGUCUUGGCUCCUGGUGUGUGGAAGUCUGCAGGGCCAGACACUGGUCACUCUGAGAGCACCACCAGAGACGGCCGGAGUGGUCACAGAAAGUCGGAGACUGUUGGUGGUGUUGCUUCGGACAGACUGAAUGACAAUUUCAGGUAUGGAUGAUUGGAUUUGAAACGGUUUUGGUUUUUCGUAGUAAUUUGCUUGAUGGAAAAGUCUACCUUUUUUUUAAAAAUGAAUUCCCUGAUAUUGUGCUCCUUGUUUUGGCCAAUAUCUUCUGGGCCAUGCUUGUGGAUUGGGGGGUUCUGUUUUUGUUUUUUAAUGAAGUAGCAGGUUCAACUAGUUUCUUAGCUUCUCAGGAUAAUAGGACUAUAUUAAGAUAAGAUAAGAUAGUACUUUAGUAUCCCAGAGGGAAAUUUUCCUUGACU